UUUUCUUGUACAGUCCAUCUGACGUAAGACCGUCGUAAGUUGGUGACGCUGUCUCUCUUUGUUGGCUUAGCAGCGGCGACGUUUUGUUGUUAUUUUCGCUGCAGCUGAAAAACAGGCUCGGAUAAUUUUGGUUUUCGUAUUGUUCCACAAUCAACGUUUUUACACUCUGUAGACCUUUAGGUGUGCUUGUCACAAGUUGAUAACCACCCUAGGAAUGGACUCAGACGAGGGUUAUAACUAUGAAUACGACGACGAAGAGGAGGAAUGUAGCGAGGACAGCGCCGAAGAGGAGCCCGAGGACGACACCCUGGAGCUCGGAGAGGUGGAGUUGGUCGAUCCCGUGGUGGCCGGUGGGGAGCGAGACGAGUGCGGCGAGACUGGUGGAGGUGGCCACGGUCCCGGUGAGGAAGAGGAGGAGGACUACCGCUUCGAGGUUUUGACUGCCGAGCAGAUCCUCCAGCAUAUGGUGGAGUGUAUCAGGGAGGUCAACGAGGUCAUCCAGAAUCCUGCAACAAUAACACGCAUCCUUCUCAGUCACUUCAACUGGGAUAAAGAAAAGCUUAUGGAAAGGUAUUUUGAUGGUAAUCUGGACAAGCUUUUCUCUGAGUGUCAUGUCAUUAACCCCAGUAAGAAGCCUCGGAUCCGUCCUCCAAUCAACACUAGAUCAUCGGCACAGGACAUGCCAUGUCAGAUCUGCUAUCUGAACUUCCCCAACUCUUACUUUACAGGCCUGGAGUGUGGACACAAGUUCUGCAUGCAGUGCUGGGGAGAUUACCUGACCACCAAAAUCAUAGAAGAAGGAAUGGGACAGACCAUUUCUUGUCCUGCUCAUAGUUGUGACAUUUUGGUUGAUGACAACACAGUCAUGCGCCUCAUAACAGAUUCAAAAGUGAAGUUGAAGUACCAGCAUUUAAUUACUAAUAGUUUUGUAGAGUGCAAUCGACUGUUAAAGUGGUGCCCCGCACCAGACUGCCAUCAUGUUGUGAAAGUCCAGUACCCAGAUGCCAAGCCAGUGAGGUGCAAGUGUGGCCGCCAGUUCUGCUUCAACUGUGGAGAGAAUUGGCAUGAUCCUGUCAAGUGUAAGUGGCUGAGAAAAUGGAUUAAGAAAUGUGAUGAUGACAGUGAAACUUCAAACUGGAUUGCAGCAAAUACUAAGGAGUGUCCAAAAUGCCAUGUGACCAUUGAGAAAGAUGGUGGCUGCAAUCACAUGGUGUGUCGGAACCAGAACUGCAAAGCUGAGUUCUGCUGGGUUUGCCUUGGUCCAUGGGAACCUCAUGGCUCAGCCUGGUACAACUGCAAUCGCUACAAUGAAGAUGAUGCCAAGGCAGCCAGAGAUGCCCAAGAGCGCUCCAGGGCAGCCUUGCAGAGGUACCUGUUCUACUGCAACCGCUACAUGAACCACAUGCAGAGCCUGCGCUUUGAGCACAAGCUCUAUGCUCAGGUUAAGCAAAAGAUGGAGGAAAUGCAGCAGCACAACAUGUCCUGGAUUGAGGUGCAGUUUCUGAAGAAGGCUGUGGAUGUGCUAUGCCAGUGCCGCUCCACACUCAUGUUCACUUACGUCUUUGCCUUCUACCUCAAGAAGAACAACCAGUCCAUUAUUUUUGAGAACAACCAGGCAGACCUGGAAAAUGCCACUGAGGUGCUGUCUGGCUACCUAGAGCGGGACAUCUCCCAGGAUUCCUUGCAGGAUAUCAAGCAGAAAGUACAAGAUAAGUACAGAUACUGUGAGAGCAGGCGAAGAGUGCUGCUACAGCACGUGCAUGAAGGCUAUGAGAAGGACCUGUGGGAGUACAUCGAGGAUUGAGGACACGUCCCAAUGCAACGGACUCUUGAGUAUCUUGACAAACUAGAGCGCUGAUGCAAUUUAACAGGGCAGCACGGGCCUUCUGCCGCCUCUCCUUUGGCAAACCAACCACUUUUGCAUCAUUUUCCCGGAUUUGUUUAACAAAAUCUUAAAAGUAAAUUAUAUUUAAAUAAAAGGUAGAGUAAUAAAAAGAAAGUGUACUACAGUAUUGUUAGCAACAGAGUGGAGUCUUGAGAAAGCAGAAAAUCCAUCUUAAACAAAUACAUCCUUUUGGCUUGUAUUGUAACACCUCCCCUGAACUAUCUUAUUUUCCUGUUUUUUGCUUGUGAAUCUUUUCUGUUUUGAUUUUGACUUUUGUUUUCCCAUUAGUGUGAAAAUGUUUUCAACACAGCUUUAAUUGUCCUGGCCAUGUCUGCAAUAUGUGGUGAGAUCCUUGUCUGGGUGGCUGAAUGUUGAUAGGCUGAUUGCAAAGGGGCAAAGACAU